AUGCCGACAAAAGCGAAGAUCAAGGUCAACGGGAAUGCUCCAAGCAAGGAGUCUCUGCUGAGCGAAAGAUCCAUGAAGUUUUAUGAUGGCACAUAUAGGUGGAACACUGAUGGCUUUGAGGACGACACAGGUGUUUUCCAGGCUUGGGGGUACGACGACCAUAACCGGCCGCCCACUCCGAAUCCACCUAACUUCAGUGAUGCUGAGGAUGAGGAUGAAGCCAAACCGAACGACCAGGAAGGCUCCACGAAUGCCAGCAUGGUCAGAGUCCCUCACGGACCAUUGAUGGCCAACUACUCCCAAGCACUCGUUACAAAGGACUCUCUCUACAGCCACGGACACUACCUACCGUUGCUUUCUGAUGAGGCUUUGCUGAAAUCUAGCUCACGGCCUGCUGCACCUUCUGUCGAAGUGGGAGGGCAGAGCUUCUCUAGGACAGAGCUGCGCCGUGACAUCUUCCUGGAAAAGUCGGAGAGUGAUAGGCAGAGGCUCAUAGGACGAUUGGAGGGCAUUCAUAUUGGUCACUUGUAUGCGGGCAAUGGCCUCACACUUCAAGAAUCUUACAACAUAGUCGGGGUGGACUAUCCGGACGAGAUUAUCGACACCAUCACCAAGGGGAGACCGGACGUUGCUGCUUCACCUCAAUCUGUAUCGUCGAGUGACUUGUCGGAACCACCUUCCGAUAUUGACGAAGCUCAUCCACCUAGUCUGUUGGGCAACCUGCAACUCGACACUGCGCUUCAAACCAAGAAUGCUUCGAUGUCGAGCGGCCCAGAUCCGCAGUCUGCCACUUCCGCAGAUUCCAUCCCAUUGAUUCAAAAUCGCCGAGAUAGCGGAUUUGACGAGCACCUGCAAAGAGCAAAAGAUGCAAGGAAAUCACGUCCGAAAACACGUUCUCAUACAAUUGCGACUCAGGACGACGCGGGAUCGGACUCGGACUAUGCGCCCGAGGAUGGCAAGGGAGAGAAGAAGCGGAAGAAGCGGCCGAGGAAGAAGCAGACAGAGAAGGGAAGUCGAGCGAAGAAGGGCAGUACGAGACAAGACCCUCCAGAGGCAGGAUCGAUUUCACCGUUGUCCUCCGUCCCUGCUAUGAGCCGAAAGCGAUCUUCUCGUCAGGCGAAGCAGAAGACACGCUAA